ACAGCAUGGACCAAUGUCGGAGGAUAGACGCUGGAGCAGUUCAGAGUUCUCCGGUUAAAGUUCUAUCCAGCCAACUUAGGGAAGCGCGCAUGAUCCCGGGUCGAAGCGGCAGGACUGUGUUUGCCGUGAAGAGACAAGGGGUUGGGACUGCUACUCCACUGCUUAUCUCCGUGGUGUGGAUGCAAGGAACAGUGCUGGCGGUGCAGCAGACUGGGUGUAUUUCUGUAACGCUGCUGGACGAGACGGGGACCUUCACUGUCACUGGAGUGGACAGCGUUCCCAAAGGAAGACCUUGUCCUGUCCAAGGUAAGUAUGUGAUGGUGAUGGGAACUAUACAGUCCUGCAGCCCAGAGCCUGUCCUUCAUGCUGUGAAGAUGGCAGAUUUGUCUGAGAACCCUGUGCAUGGGAAAAUGUGGAGAGCUGAAGUGGAGGACCUGCAGCAGAAUCUUCCAUAAACACAGACAGUUCAAGGUGAUGCCGCACCCUCAAUUGAACCUGUUGAUGAGAUGCUGCACUCGACAUCACACGACCAGCAGCUUCGCACUGUGAGAAUGCAACAAAAUGGACAGAAUCUAUACUGACUGAAGGGAGUCUGUAUGACAUCACCUAGCUGGCUGAGGUUCUCUCUGUAACUGUGGAGCGUGAGUUUUUAUGUAUGAAAAGGCUGGUUUUCUGACUGUCAAAGCUCACAUGCUACAUUUUCUGUACAUGGACGUAUUAAGCAGAAUAAAGCUAAGUGGCACCUUUCUCGCACAUUUGCGUCCGUCUGCCAAUAUUUCGGAUCCUGUCAAGACUUUUCAAACCCAAUUUGCCACUGUUAUGGAGAUUCUUCAAUUUUUCAAAUAUUUUCAAGGGCUGCUUUGCAGAUUUCCAGAUCAAAAUUGCUGAAAGCCAGAAAGAAAACAAGGUCCUGAAGAAGCAAUUACAGUUCUGUGAGAAAUCGCGGGAGGCGAAACGGAGGCUGUUAAGUUAUAAUUGAAGUUGAGUUUGUGCCAUUUUAGGUAACUACCAAAAUAAUAUGUGGUAUUUUCAUCUUGACUACCACGAUAUAUCAAUCUGUAUUAUACUAUUGUAAUUCUAAGAAAGGGCUGUAAGUAGGCUCCUGAACAAAGGCAGAUCUGUUGCUUGACUUUACUGUAUAUUAAAAGGUUUGUUAAAGUACUUAUACUAAAUCCAUAUCUUUACAAAGAACCGUGUGUGAGCCAGGUUUGUGUGCUGUCUAUCCAUUCGACAAUUUAGUAAAUGCUGGGUAAUUUUCAGCACACACUAAUCAAGGUAAUCUGUAGUAUUGUGAACAGCAUUCAUUUCCAAAGUCUAGACUUGUGCUUCAUGAAUUGGAGACCCACAAAUGAGACCAGAAUAAGGAUAGAAAAUAGAUACAUCUAUCCUGGUACCAUGGCACUGACUAUGUUAUUCCCUAAAAAAGCGUAAAGUAGAAAAGCAGGUAAUAGUGAAUAGCACUCCAGUGACAAAAAGUUAAAAAAAAAUCAAAGAUAAAAGUUUACAGUCAAGCAUAUAAUUAGGUGUAGAGCUAAAAUAAAAUUUUUACAUUAUUUCUCUUGCCCGGUCUUUCUUCUAGGAGAUUUUCUCUAGGACACUAAGCCACAAUUAAUUCACAUUUCAAAGCAGUGCACUGUAUUAGAAGCUGUUCAAAUUCAAGAGGAGGAUGUUGGGUUUAAUAAACUUUAAUUUGUUUAAAAUGUAGGAAGAAUGUGAUUUUACUGUGUUAAUCACCUUUUUUCCUAAAAAAAGGGCAAUAAAUAUUUAUGCUUACCCAAAAUGGGGAAAUUGUUAACUUGUGUUCAACUUACCUGGUCUGUAUUCUAGAUUUAAUUCACAUUUCUGUUACUUAACAAUCUCUGAAUUCUUAAGCGUGGCUUAACAUGUAAAAUAAAACCCCAAACCAAAAGCUGACAAUAUAUACUUUCAUCAGACACUGGGCACUGUUUCCUGAUCAAAUUAACAUGUAUAAUUUCAUCCUGUUCUAUGUUUUCUGUUUGUACUGUCUUGUCAAAUGCUCUCGAUAAUGUGUUUGCUACUGUCAAUUCCUUACCUGGAUUUAAUUCAUAUUUCUGUUACUUAACAAUCUCUGAAUUCUUUAGCAUGGCUAAGCAUGUAAAAUAAAACCCCAAACCAAAAGCUGACAACUA